AUCCAUUGAAAUGUCUGGAAUUUUCCUGACGCGUAUUUCAGAGGAGAGAGUGCACCUUAUUUUGAACAAAGCCAAAUGUAGCAUAAAUAAGAACUCAAAUUCCCUUUGAGUAAAAAAACGGCACUCAUCAGAUUUUACAUACUGUCGAUCAUAAAGCGCAGAUAAAAGUCCCGCCCCAGGAAGCGUGUCAACCCUAGCGACGUCAUUCUUGCCUCUUCCGCCCUGAUUUUUAUAACAUAUCGGAGUUGUCCUUGAGCGGAAUAUCACUGGCAAAAUGGUUGCAUACUGGAGACAAGCGGGCCUUAGCUACAUUCGCUUCUCUGCGAUCUGCGCGAGUGCAGUGCGAGCGGCACUGAAACCACAGUUCAAAGUUGAGGCAAUGAAAGUUGCAGAAUCCAGCGUCAAAGUCUAUGUCCCAAAGGCUAUAGCAUGAUCUGAAUAAAUGUAAUGGAUGUUCUUCAGGGCCAAGAGGAUUUUUCAAAGUCCCUGCCAACAUGUCUGUCUUUGUGAAUGAAUGAAAAUGCAAGGGUUAAAUCUAGAUUUGUGGAUAGAUAGGGGACCUAACAGAAUGGAGAUGUUUUUCCUUUGUAAUUAAGAAAAUUAAUUAAAACUCCUAUCUAAAAGAUGUCUGCUGGAUUACUUAA